AUGAGGUGGGACCGGCGAUUCCGUCAUUGUCGGAGGUGCUGGAGGCGGAGGAACAGCGCCGGGGUUUGGCUAGGAGGCGGACUCGCUACGGGGCCGCGGCGGCCGCGAUGCGACAGCGGGUGUUGUAUGGAAGCCGGAGCGGUGGAUGGGAGCUGUCCGCCGGUGGAGGAAGGGCGGCCGGCCGAGGAGACGGCGCCGGCGGCGGGCGGACAGUUAUUUAUCUGCUCAGUAUGCGGCCGCGGGGUGGCCUGCGCCUCUCUCUUCCGGCGGGACCACGCCGCCCCGCCGGUGGACUGCCGCUGCCCGCAGUGUGGCAAGACUUUCACCCAGUCCUCCAACCGGUCGCGGCACCGGCGUAUCCAUUCGGGCGAGCGGCCGUUCGCCUGCGCCGUCUGUGGCAGGGACUUCAACCGGCUUUCGAGUCUGCAGCAACACCGGCGAGCGGCCGUUCCGUUGCCCGCUCUGCGCCCGCGGCUUCCAUCAGUCCUCCAACCUGGCCCGACACCUGCACACGCAUUGGCGCCGGCCCAAGCAGCGGGUCCCGGGCGGCGAAUCCCCGCUCUCUCAUUAAACCGACUCUGUGCACCUGACCGACUAACGGUGGGGUCAGUACCGGCAACCGGAGCCAGUCCGCGGAGUUUCCUAGAUUCUGGGAACGGGGAGUAAUCAGGGAUCUGAUCCAGAGGUUUAUAUUUAGAUUCACAGUUCUCUGAGAGUUG